AUGCUACCGGUGGUCGAGGCACUCUUCCCCUUGGUGGCGGCGCCCCUUCCUCCUCCUGCACUUUUUCGACGUCGAUGGCACUGCCACUGCCGGUGCUUCUUCCUGCUGCAUAUUCCCGUCACCGAGCCAAAGGAAAAAUUGAUGGGUAAACCACCCACACAAUAUGAUGUUUUCGUGAAGACGCAUGGCACUGUUGAGUCAAAGAAAAAAUAUUUUGAGGGAAAUCAUGAAAAUAUUGAAUAUUGCUUGCAGACGGCCAAAGAAGCACUAGAGGGGUAUCUGCAGGGGUUGGUCAACAAAUUUGGUGAAAAUCCUUCAAAUCGUAAGGAUGAUAUAGAUGUAUGGGAGGAAAGCCAACUUAGAAGAAAAGGAAAGAAGAAGGGUGAUAUCUAUGGGAUAGGAGCAUCGGAUAUACAUUUUUUGGUUUUAGGGACUCCAUCUUCCCAAUCCACCCAGUCGGAUAGCACGCAACAAGAGGUUGAUAGGCUGCGUGCGCAAGUUUCUGUCAUGGAACAACAACAACAACAACAACAAAUGAAAGAACAAAUGGAGAUGGUUAUGAGGAUGAUAAAUAUGUCUGGAAAUCAACCCCGUGGUCCCCCCGAUAAUCCACCCGAGGACAAUUGA